ACAGAGAGGGGAGCCGAGACCCUCGGAACGCCCCACGCAGAGCCCCCCCGCUAGUCGGGAGAGGGGUGCGCAGACCCCCCAGAGCUGCCCCCGCGCCCCCCUCCCCCCAUUCCAGGCUCUGAGAGCGCAGCGGGAACGCCUUAGCUUGCUCGGCCGGCGUGGCCCCCCGACCCGCGUACGCCCCCCUCCCUUAGGUCCGAGAGGGACUCGCGAAGCACCUCAGCGCGGAGGCAGGGAACCGGAGCCUUGGAGCGACCCAACCCCUCGUCUCGCUGCCCUCCCGCGCCUGCAACGGUGCGCGGAGACUCCAGCGAACUCAGACACCCAACGGCGGAGGAGAGAAGCGGCAGGCGGCGGACGUGGCCGCGAAGCUGCGCGCCGGGCGCAGCGCACCCGCUGCCGAGCAGAGGAGCCGCGCCUUUCCCCCGACCCUCGGCUCCAGCCCCCGGCGCCUGCCGCCUCCCAGCCCCUCUGCGUCCUCGGCUCGGGGGCCGGCACCGGCGAUGCUGAGCGGAGCCUCCAGUCCUCCGACCCGCUGAAGAAGCAGCAGCCGCUCGCCCGGAGCCUACGGGGAUUGUGCGAGCGGAUCGUGCUCGGUGGAGGCUCGGGCUGCGGGGCGCGGGGACUCCGGGGGGCGGGGGGAGGGACCGCUCUGUCGGUGCCCGGCGCUAGCCGCGGCUUUGAAGGGUCUCCCUCCCCUGCCCUUAGCAGCUCUGCCACGGACUCCGGGAGGCUGCGGGCGGCGUCCUGGGGGGCUCCCCAACAGACCCAAUCGGACUUGAGAAGGUGAUCGCUCUGCUCUCCCAACCCCCUUCCCUCCCCAUUUCCCCCACUUAACUUUUUGUCUCCGUUCAUCCACGGCUUCGUCCCCUCCCCGCAGACCCACCCGCGGCUGUGACAACCGCCCGGGGCAUGGGCCCCCCAACACGGCUCCUAGAGGCCCCGCGGCCUCGCAAGAUGUGAGAGGCCCUCCCCGGGCAGAAUCGGAGCUUCGGGAGAGGAGCUGAUACCCCGCCCCCCGUCCCUCACAUCAGGCGGGGUGGAGGUGCGCGCUGAGCCCCCGCGGUGCUGAGCGUCCCGGAGCGCCCAAUCCUGGGCUGGAACGAGUAGCUGGCCGGAGGCGCGCCGCGGAGAGCAGGCUGUCAUGCCCUAUUGAUCCCCCUCUGCCCCCCGCCAAGUAUGUUUGGGCUGGACCAAUUCGAGCCCCAGAUCAACAGCAGGAACGCUGGCCAGGGCGAGAGGAACUUUAACGAGACCGGACUGAGCAUGAACACCCACUUUAAGGCCCCGGCUUUCCACACUGGGGGGCCCCCUGGCCCUGUGGAUCCUGCCAUGAGCGCGCUGGGCGAGCCCCCGAUCUUGGGCAUGAACAUGGAGCCCUACGGCUUCCACGCGCGCGGCCACUCGGAGUUGCACGCAGGGGGGCUGCAAGCGCAGCCUGUGCACGGCUUCUUUGGCGGCCAGCAGCCUCACCACGGCCACCCGGGAAGUCACCAUCCCCACCAGCAUCACCCCCACUUUGGGGGCAACUUCGGUGGCCCGGACCCCGGGGCCUCGUGCCUGCACGGGGGUCGCCUGCUCGGCUACGGCGGCGCAGCCGGAGGCCUGGGCAGCCAGCCGCCCUUCGCCGAGGGCUAUGAGCACAUGGCGGAGAGCCAGGGGCCUGAGAGCUUCGGCCCGCAGCGACCGGGGAACCUCCCGGACUUCCACAGUUCGGGUGCCUCCGGCCACGCCGUGCCGGCCCCAUGCCUGCCGCUGGACCAGAGCCCUAACCGAGCCGCCUCCUUCCACGGCCUGCCGUCCUCCAGCGGCUCCGAUUCCCACAGUCUGGAGCCCCGGAGGGUGACGAACCAAGGAGCCGUCGACUCGCUGGAAUACAAUUACCCGGGCGAGGCGCCCUCGGGACAUUUUGACAUGUUUUCGCCCUCUGACUCCGAAGGGCAGCUGCCUCAUUAUGCAGCGGGUCGGCAGGUUCCCGGGGGCGCUUUCCCGGGCGCCUCGGCCAUGCCCAGAGCUGCGGGCAUGGUGGGCUUGUCCAAAAUGCACGCCCAGCCACCGCAGCAGCAGCCACAGCAGCAGCAGCCGCAGCAGCAGCCCCAGCAGCAGCAGCAGCAGCAUGGUGUGUUCUUUGAGAGGUUCGGUGGGGCCAGAAAGAUGCCUGUGGGUCUGGAGCCCUCAGUGGGCUCCAGGCAUCCGUUAAUGCAGCCUCCCCAGCAGGCCCCGCCACCCCCUCAGCAGCAGCCCCCGCAGCAGCCGCCACAGCAGCAGCCGCCGCCGCCACCCGGGCUUCUAGUCCGACAAAAUUCGUGCCCGCCUGCGCUCCCUCGGCCCCAGCAGGGCGAGGCUGGCACGCCCAGCGGCGGCCUGCAGGACGGAGGCCCCAUGCUGCCCAGCCAGCACGCGCAAUUCGAGUAUCCCAUCCACCGGCUGGAGAACCGGAGCAUGCACCCUUAUUCCGAGCCUGUUUUCAGCAUUCAGCAUCCUCCUCCGCAGCAGGCGCCCAACCAGCGGCUGCAGCAUUUCGACGCGCCCCCCUACAUGAACGUGGCCAAGAGGCCGCGCUUCGACUUUCCGGGCAGCGCAGGAGUGGACCGCUGCGCUUCGUGGAACGGCAGCAUGCACAACGGCGCUCUGGAUAACCACCUCUCCCCCUCCUCCUACCCAGGCCUACCCGGCGAGUUCACACCGCCUGUGCCCGACAGCUUCCCUUCGGGGCCGCCCCUGCAGCAUCCGGCCCCGGACCACCAGUCCCUGCAGCAGCAGCAGCAGCAGCAGCAGCAACAGCAGCAACAGCAGCAGCAGCAGCAGCAACAGCAACAGCAACAGCAGCAGCAGCAGCAGCAGCGCCAAAACGCGGCCCUCAUGAUUAAGCAGAUGGCGUCGCGGAAUCAGCAGCAGCGGCUGCGCCAGCCCAACCUGGCUCAGCUAGGCCACCCCGGGGACGUGGGCCAGGGCGGCCUGGUGCAUGGCGGCCCGGUGGGCGGCUUGGCCCAGCCGAACUUUGAGCGCGAAGGCGGCAGCACGGGCGCCGGGCGUCUGGGCACCUUCGAGCAGCAGGCGCCGCAUUUGGCGCAAGAGAGCGCGUGGUUCUCAGGUCCGCAUCCGCCGCCCGGAGACCUGCUGCCCCGUAGGAUGGGCGGCUCGGGCCUGCCCGCUGACUGUGGCCCGCACGACCCCAGCCUGGCGCCCCCUCCUCCGCCCGGUGGCUCGGGGGUGCUGUUCCGGGGCCCUCUGCAGGAGCCGAUGAGGAUGCCCGGAGAGGGCCACGUGCCUGCGCUGCCCUCACCGGGCCUGCAGUUCGGGGGCAGUCUGGGAGGCCUGGGUCAGCUGCAGUCGCCCGGGGCGGGCGUGGGGCUCCCCAGCGCUGCUUCGGAGCGCCGGCCCCCGCCGCCCGACUUCGCUACGUCUGCGCUCGGGGGCCAGCCGGGCUUUCCGUUUGGUGCAGCGAGCCGGCAGGCCACGCCGCACAGCGGUCCAGGCGUGAACUCGCCCCCCAGCGCGGGAGGGGGCGGUGGCAGCUCCGGUGGCGGCGGUGGCGGGGGUGCCUACCCGCCGCAGCCUGAUUUCCAGCCCAGCCAGCGCACCUCGGCCAGUAAACUGGGCGCGCUCUCGCUGGGCUCCUUCAACAAGCCCAGCUCCAAGGACAACCUGUUCGGCCAGAGCUGCCUGGCUGCGCUCUCCACCGCUUGCCAGAACAUGAUCGCCAGCCUCGGGGCCCCCAACCUCAACGUGACCUUCAACAAGAAGAACCCGCCCGAGGGCAAGAGGAAACUGAGCCAGAACGAGACCGACGGCGCGGCAGUGGCCGGCAACCCGGGCUCGGAUUACUUCCCAGGAGGGACUGCUCCUGGGGCCCCAGGACCCGGAGGCCCGUCCGGGACCAGUAGCAGCGGCUCCAAAGCCUCGGGGCCGCCCAACCAGCCAGCCCAGGGGGACGGCACCAGCCUCUCCCCCAACUACACCCUGGAAUCCACGUCGGGGAAUGACGGCAAGCCGGUCCCCGGGGGCGGCGGCCGGGGAAGGGGUCGCAGAAAAAGGGACAGUGGUCACGUGAGCCCUGGCACCUUCUUUGACAAGUACUCGGCGGCUCCGGACAGCGGGGGCGCACCUGGGGUGAGCCCAGGGCAGCAGCAAGCGUCAGGCGCAGCCGUCGGGGGAAGCUCCGCAGGCGAGACGCGCGGGGCACCGACGCCCCACGAAAAGGCGCUCACGUCGCCAUCCUGGGGGAAGGGGGCUGAGUUGCUCCUGGGGGAUCAGCCGGACCUCAUUGGGUCCCUGGACGGCGGGGCCAAGUCGGACAGUAGUUCGCCAAACGUGGGUGAGUUCGCCUCGGACGAGGUGAGCACGAGCUACGCCAAUGAGGACGAGGUGUCGUCCAGCUCUGACAACCCCCAGGCACUAGUUAAAGCGAGCAGGAGUCCCCUGGUGACCGGCUCGCCCAAACUCCCUCCCCGUGGGGUAGGCGCCGGGGAACACGGACCGAAGGCGCCCCCACCCGCCCUCGGCCUGGGCAUCAUGUCUAACUCUACCUCGACCCCUGACAGCUACGGCGGCGGUGGGGGCCCGGGCCAUCCGGGCACGCCGGGCCUGGAGCAGGUCCGCACCCCGACGAGCAGCAGCGGCGCCCCGCCACCCGACGAGAUCCACCCCCUGGAGAUCCUUCAGGCGCAGAUCCAGCUACAGAGGCAGCAGUUCAGCAUCUCCGAGGACCAGCCUCUGGGGCUGAAGAGUGGCAAGAAGGGUGAGUGCGCCGUCGGGGCCUCAGGGGCGCAGAAUGGCGACAGCGAGCUGGGCAGCUGCUGCUCCGAGGCGGUCAAGAGCGCCAUGAGCACCAUUGACCUGGACUCGCUGAUGGCAGAGCACAGCGCUGCCUGGUACAUGCCCGCUGACAAGGCCCUGGUGGACAGCGCGGACGACGACAAGACAUUGGCGCCCUGGGAGAAGGCCAAACCCCAGAACCCCAACAGCAAAGAAGCCCACGACCUCCCCGCAAACAAGGCUUCAGCAACCCAGCCUGGCAGCCACUUGCAGUGCCUGUCUGUCCACUGCACAGACGACGUGGGUGAUGCCAAGGCUCGAGCCUCCGUGCCCACCUGGCGGUCCCUGCAUUCUGACAUCUCCAACAGAUUUGGGACAUUCGUGGCUGCCCUAACUUGAAUGACAAGAAAGACCCCCUCCUCUACCAGGCCCUUCCCCUCCCCCUCUCUGUCUCCUUCCCCCUCAACCUGACCCCACCCCUCUGUUAAUUUGAAAGGGCCACUAUUGCUGAGUGGAUGAUUUUUUUUUUUUUUUCUCUAGGUUGGUACCUGCUUAGUGGCAUAUGGACCGGAAAGGGUUAAUUUAAAGUGGGAGGGGGGGAACCUCAAAAGUUUUUUUAAAAAAGAAACUUGUCUGCCACAGUAUGUUACCAGUGUUAACCCUUCUGCAGUUAGCAAACUUUUGCUUAAGCCUUUUUCCUCUAGAUACUCCCCAUGUUUCGGUAAUCUUGGCAUACAUUUUUUAGACGACCUCUUUCCUUGUUUUAUUUUCAUGCUGCUGUAUGUCCAAGUAUUGUUAUUUCAUAAUAAGACAAGAGUUGCUUUCUUUUUUAUUCUUUUUCCUUUUCUUACCCCCUCCCCUUUUAUUUUCUUUUUGCUUUGUUCACUGCUUAUUAAAAUGGAAAUCCUGGAGAAUAGUAGUUCUGGAAUAUUGCCGGGUGAAAGUCAAAUUGUCAUCACAAUAUUAUAUAUUGACACCCCAGUGUCAUCAGUCAGGCAGGAGCCAAACAAUGAAUGCCCCCCUUAGGUAUUCCGCCUGGGAUUUUGUUUUGUCUGUUCCCUAAGAAAAUAUAUUUUUGUUCCUGCAAACACAGUGCUCAGCCUUCAGUUCCCUUCCACUUGGGUUCUCUCUUCUCCUGCUGGAAGCCGCUCCUCUCCGCGAUGGACGUGAGGACGUGUCCAGCUCUGCUCUGUGGGAAGGAGUUGGAAUGUUCGACAGUAGUGUUUUCUCUCCUUUUCUGGGCCUCCUCGCAAAUGCCCAGGCCCUGCAUUUUCACGCUGUGCUAAGCAGCCUUUGGUCUGCAUGGGGGAUGGUGUGCUCCCAGCCUGCAGUCUUUGGAGCAAGGCUGCUGCCCUUGCUGCAGCCAGGCUGGCUGUGCCUCGGGUGCUGGAGUUGGAGGAGGCUGAGUUCUCAGCCCUUUCCCUUUUCUGAAAGCUGUUCCUGGCCGGGCAUCCCAGGGAAGAAGGAGGGGACUGUGUAUAUCUCCUCCACCUCUCCCAUUUCAACCCCAGUCCAACCUGGGCAACCCCACCCCUGGGGGGGAUGAGGCACUCUCUUGCUCAGCCUGCUCUGAGCCUUUGCAGGGAUCUGCAGACUCCUGAGGGCUAGAGGACAGAGAAAGAGAAUAUAAUGAAAUGACUUUGAUUCCUGCGCCUUUUAGUUUUGAACUCUGGAAUUCCUCUGCCCCCUCCCCAACUUUUGAUGGAAUCUCACCCUGUUGCAAAACUAGAGCCGUGUCCCAAGCAUCUCACAAAGGAAUAACUGCUCUGAGCAGAGAUGAGUGGUGGUUGGCAGGGACAGGCAACUUUGGGUGCUGCUGAUGCCUGCAAAAGCCAUUUAUGGCUUGUGGUGGGGGGCACAUAGAUUCCCGGGUGGGUUAGGCAAGAAGUGACUGAUAUCACUUCACCCAAAUCGGUGAUGGUUAUGUUUAAUUUCAGUUUUUGUUAACGAGCAUGUCUUACUAAAACGCUCCACUUUGAGCUCCCCCACCCCCUCCAGGUCCUCAGAGUUUGCAGAUCUGGGCUUUUUUUAGCAAGUGACCUGAAGGCUCUGGGCUCACCAUACAACACCCACAUUGUUUAUUUCAAGGAACUUUUCAGCAAAGGGAGAGGAGCUUUCAGAAAAACCUCACUCUUUCCCCUCCCUUCUCCCCUCUUUCCUUCUGCCGGUCCUUUUGGCUGGGGUCUGAGUCUGCGGUUCUCGCCUGGGCAGUCUUGACCGGGGGCAAACCCCGCCUUCAGAGGGCAGACAAAGCAGGUGGCAUGAAUUGAUCAGCGAGAAAGGUGUGAGCCGAGGCAGUUCCUGCGUUCUGCUACAAAAGGAAUGGAAAGGGAAGGGAAUUUCGCCCCACCAUGGGCUGUGGGAGAGUUGACCAUAUUCUGGGCAAGACUCCAUGACCCCUCUGAUUCUGCAGUGUACAGCUGUUUGAGAGCCUCAUCAUUUUACUUUUGAAACAGGAAUGAUUUCUCCUUAAUUGCUUAAGGCUGGGGAGCAAAGUGUCUUAACUUCUGUCUUUGACUUUCCCAGCGUUGAGUCAUCAACACUUUGCCAAUUAGCUCAUGGUCCUGGCAACCUCGGAAACCCCUGAAGUUUUAAAAACUUUCUCGCUCCCCACGACCCCAGAAUGAAACAGCUUUAAAAAUAGCCUUAAGCAAAAGGAUGUUAUUUCAUUAAAUUUGGUUUAAUGGAAAGAAUAAAAGUAAAUGAAAAACACACCCUACACACUAGACUCUGAACACUGGUAAUCAGUACUGCAUAGCAAACUCUUUGGGAAAGAAAACGAAAAUGUUAUUGCACAUGUAAAAUAUGAAAACUUAACUCUGCUGUGUGUUAGGCAAUCCUGUAAUCUUUUUUGACUCUUAAAAGAAAUUCAUUUCUGAAAUGCUUGGUUGGAAGACUGUGACAAUAGCUCAUGAAACUGAGUGUUAUUUUUUUCUUUCUUUUUUAAAAAAAUAUGUAAAGUGCAGUCUUCUGUAUUCCUGCAUAUUGUAUAUACCUGUAUAUGUUUUCCUGAGCAGUUAAAUAACAAUAAAUAUGACGUUAAUGGUGA